UGUUCUUUACUAGCACAAAUAUUUACUCGCAUUAGUCAGUGGUCCCGCCAGCCAGGAACUAUUAUGCCUCGGGCGUUUCUUGUCAAGAAAUCAAGUACACUAUGCAUUCCUAUCGCCAGGGGAUCACCAGCGAAAAAAACAACACCCUCUCCAGAUGGCCAAAAACAAAGCGAGUUACCAUGGGAACCGUUGGACAUGUCAGAGUACGAACAUGGCCUGCAGACGGCAGAAACUGUGGAACUUGAGCUUGACUACCAGGGAUGCAAAAACAGACACACCCCCUCCCCUGUUCGGGAUAUGCACCUAAGACCAAGUCCCAUAUUGAACGAUGACAMAUUUUCAAGCAAAGGCGAAGAACCAAAACGUCGUAUUCCACGCUUCUACGCGCCAUUGAUGAAAAACAGAGAUCACGAGUUUGACGAUUACAGCGAAGAAGAUGUCGAGAAACCAUUUGAAUGCCGUCAUUGCAUCAUUUCUUUUUCUCGACUGAACGAUCUUCAAGAGCACAUGGAGCUGCAUACCAUGAAGACRCCCUUUAACAGUAACCAAGCUGACAUGCGUACAACAUUUUCUGAAAGUCUUAUUGAAAAUCAACUGAAAAGUAAUCAUUGCAUAAGUCGGUCUCUGAUUCGGCCGACGACCGGUUCGUACUCAGCCAUGUUCACACUCCUGGCAAGAGAACAAGUCAAGGAUUUAUUUAUCAAAGAGGGYGAUAAAUACCGCUGUCGACUUUGCAGUAAAGAUUUCACGCGACUGAGUGGAUUGAAGACCCAUAUUCGUAUGCAUACUGGAGAGAGRCCAUACGUUUGUGAGGUUUGUUCGUUUGCAUUCACGACGUCACGAGCUCUCAAGAUGCAUACAAGACUUCACACUGGAGAGAAACCUUACAAGUGCGAYGUGUGCGAACGUGCUUUCACAAGACGAGACGAGAUGCAUACACAUAUGUACAUUCACAAAGGUGAAAAGCCAUUCAAGUGCAACGAAUGCUCUGCUUCAUUCAUUCGAUAUGGUCAUCUUCAACGUCACCUUCUCAUCCACAGCGACGAUAAACCAUACAAGUGCAAGCUGUGUCCCAAAUCCUUUACACAGUAUCGUAACCUUCAGACUCACACUUACAAACACACUGGUGAGCGACCAUAUAAAUGCAAAUACUGCCCUAAAGGCUUUACACARUAUGGCACACUACAAGCCCAUGAACGCACGCAUACAGGAGAAAAACCAUUCAAAUGUCAGCUGUGUGAGAAAGCUUUUAUUACAUCAUCUCAUCUUCGAUGGCACAUCAAGACCCAGCAUCCAAAGAACCAAUCAGAAUAAAGUAUUUAGAAAAUGUUUGAGUGGACAUCUCCCCAAGGAGGCAAAUUUGUACAUAUUCCUGUCUCAUCCUCAAUGUUUUGAAUGAAUAGAUGAAUAGAAAAUUAGAUUUUACAGAAUAGAGUUUUUUUCAUAGGUUUGGUUAUAGAUUGUAAAACGAUUUUUUAACAGAACUGGGUUCUGUCUUGAAAAUGAUACUAUUAAAGGUUACCUCGAUGUCUUUAUAAGUGUCUUUGGUUCAGAAUGGGGGGGGUACCAUUCUUCCAUACAGUGUCUCGCAGCAGGCAKUCAUUGUUUUUAUUUCUCUUCAGCUAAAGUUAACAUUGCAGUGUUGUCUAAACACACUAGUUUCCACUCUUUCU